UCUCACUGCACUUCUUGUUCGAUGCCUUUUCUGCUAAAAUAUACACCCUUGCUUCGCUUCUCUUAGUAUCCCAGCAUCCUCCUAUCGUACUCGAGUACUUUAUUCUCCUUCUAUCCGGGACUGGCUGCCAUGAUUUGAUCGCCCUGAACGAAUCGAUCGGCAGCUCGACCCCGGCCACUUUGUGAACCAUGGCAACCUUAGCAGCAUCACCGCCGUUAUCGCCGUCGUGGCCGAAGCGACGGCCGCGGGCAUGGGCGCUGCGCAUUGAACGCUACUGCUGCACCGCAGCGUCGUUUUUUCCUCUCGCUUUUGUUUAUGGCCUGACGACGUGGGCCGUCUGGGUGGAGGCCAGUGUCGGCUUCAAGUCGGUGCAGAGCAGCUGGAUCGGCCUCCCGAGUUCCUUUCUUGGGAUUUUCCUCUAUAUCUGCCUUAAUACCUGCUACACGGUCGCCGUCUUCACCGACCCAGGCACCCCCCUCAAGCCAUCGAACAGCCGCAGCCAGCACGAAUACAGCGCCCUCCCCGUCACCGAACUCCCGCAGUACACGGCCUACACGGUCAACUCGACCGGUGGGUCCCGCUUCUGCAAGAAGUGCCAAUGCCCUAAGCCCGACCGGGCGCACCACUGCUCGACCUGCAAGCGGUGCGUGCUGAAGAUGGACCACCACUGUCCCUGGCUGGCGACAUGCGUGGGGCUCUACAACUACAAGGCGUUCCUACUGUUUCUGAUAUACACCUCGGUUUUCUGCUGGGUGGACUUUCUGGUUGCGUCGACGUGGAUCUGGAACGAGAUGCUGGACGAUAGCAAGUACAUGGACUUUGACAAGAUGCUGCCCAUCAAUGUGGUGUUGUUGGCCGUGCUGGGCGGUAUCAUUGGGUUGGUGUUGUCGGGGUUCACGGCGUGGCAUAUCAGUCUGGCGGUCCGGGGCGUCACCACGAUUGAGUGUCUGGAGAAGACGAGGUAUGUCUCGCCGUUGCGGAAGGCGCUGGAUCGCCAUCGCUACGAGGGGCUUGCAGGCCAUGAUCCGGAUGGAGCUGGGGUAAGUGGUUUGGGUCACCGGCUGCAGGAGUACGGCGGACAGAUUCUGGAUGCGCAUGCCAACGCGAUCCCUGGGGUGACUAGGGCGGAGGAAGGCGAGGACGAGAUCAGACCUUCGCAGCAGGGCGGCGCCACGCAGCACUUCUCAGGGAGGGAGGAUCUGUCCCCCGCGCAGCAGGCGUUGACGCGAUCGUAUGCGGAGCUGGAACGGCAGCGCGAGCAUGAUCGGUACCAGAGCUACCUGGAAGAGCAGGACAGCGAGAAAAUGCCCCAUGCUUUCGAUCUGGGCUGGAAGCGCAAUCUAUUGCAUCUGUUCGGAAGCCGCCCGCUGCUGUGGCCAGUCCCCGUGUGUACCACCACCGGCGACGGCUGGCACUGGGAACCCAGCGCCAAGUUCCUCGAGGCGCGCGACGGUGUGCGGGCGCGACGGGAACAGGAGGCGGUCGACCAGCAGCAGUAUUAUCGGGAUUUGUAUGCACGGAAUAUGAACAACAGCCAGAGCUGGAUGGGGGCGGACGCUGCGACGUCUGCUACCAAUCCGGCUGCUACCUGGACGCCGCAGCAGCCGUUGGAUGUGGUUCGAGAUCCUGAGAGACCCAGUACAGGUGUGUCGAUGAAGACGUUGCGACCGGUGUCACCGCGUCUUCGACACGAGGAGGAUAGUGAUGAGGAGGCAGCACCGCGCGGAGAGGAUGAAUGGAGGAACUGGGAUUGAUAAAUUGGGUGUACACUUAGGAAGACUAUAUAUAAGUAUGAGAUAUGACAAGCUCACGACCAGGAUGGUUGUAUUUGUAGCGGGUGGUCUGAGACGGAACACUUGUGAAAUAUAAGCGUUGGAAUUUCCAAGAGAG